UGGGUUAUUAUUGCGCUUUAAGUGAAAAAACGUGUUUCACCAUGGAGUGCAAUUAUCAGCAAAGAAGCGAAUGCUAUGAAUAGUUUGAAUAGAAAAGCAGUUAUGAGAGGUUCAGAGAGCUUCAGGGACUAGGUGUGGUAUUCAGAGGCUGAGACACAAAAUUCCCUAAAAUCAACAUAUUAUACAGGUACUUCCGGUGGAUGACAGAAGUGACGGCAACAAACUCAAAAUACGAAUGGGGGAUCAGCCACCCAAACUAGCCACGGAUGCAGUGCUUGUGAAGAGUGAGAAAAUUCCAGAAGAAGUGGGAACUGUGAAGGGAUACGAUUUCAAUGAUGGGGUUAAUUACCACAAACUGUUACAGUCCUACGCCCGGUCUGGCUUCCAGGCUUCUAACUUUGGCAAGGCAGUAGAGCAGAUCAAUCAGAUGAUAGACUGCAAGGUUUCCCCACUACCAGAGCAGAUGAGAGACGAGAUUAAUUUGAACCCUUGUGACAGAGAGAAGUCUAACUGUACCAUCUUCCUAGGCUACACAUCAAAUCUAAUAUCCUCUGGAGUGAGAGAGACAUUUAGAUAUCUAGCACAGCACAACAUGGUUGACUGUAUAGUGUCAACAGCUGGAGGAAUUGAGGAAGACUUCAUAAAAUGUUUGGCUCCUACAUAUCUUGGAGACUUUGCCUUGAAAGGAAGUGAACUGCGGGAUCGAGGGAUAAACAGGAUCGGAAACCUGCUAGUGCCAAAUGAAAACUACUGCCUGUUUGAGGACUGGCUGAUGCCCAUUCUGGACAAAAUGCUGGAGGAACAGAAAAAUGAGGGAAUUGUGUGGACCCCGAGUAAGAUGAUAGCCAGACUAGGGAAGGAGAUCGAUCACCCAGACUCGGUCUACUAUUGGGCCCAAAAGAACAACAUUCCAGUAUUUAGUCCAGCCCUGACCGAUGGUUCUAUUGGAGACAUGAUUUACUUCCACUCAUUCAAAAACCCCGGACUGGUGUUGGACAUUGUCGAAGACAUACGACGAGUCAACAGCCAGGCUGUCCAUGCUGCCAAUACAGGCAUGAUUAUUCUGGGGGGUGGAGUCGUCAAGCAUCACAUCUGUAAUGCUAAUCUGAUGAGAAAUGGGGCUGAUUUUAGUGUGUUUGUGAAUACAGCUGCUGAAUUUGACGGCAGUGAUGCUGGAGCGAGUCCUGAUGAAGCCGUGUCGUGGGGGAAGAUCAAGAAAACGGCUAAACCAGUCAAAGUGUGUGGUGAGGCAACGUUAAUUUUUCCACUGUUGGUAGCAGAAACUUUUGCCAGGAGAGAGAAAGAGUUGACUGCACAGAGAGAGUGAGAAAUGAGGACAGUGAAAUCGUGUUCUCUUGUAAUCAUCACAAGCUUACAGUCAGCAGUGGAAUAGAUCAGAUGUUGCCUUGUUAGAGAUUGAUCUUCACCUACAACUCCCGUAGAUGAAUGCUUAUACUCCGUCACAGAAUAAAGUCCGUCUCAGAAUGCUUAGUGACUGAAAGUAUACUAACAAUGCUGGUCCCAUGUUGCACUGACCUAUAGCUCUAAUAUCAUGUGGAAAUCUGACCUUUAGCUCUAAUAUCAUGUGGAAAUCUGACCUUUAGCUCUAAUAUCAUGUGGAAAUCUGAACUAUAGCUCUAAUAUCAUGUGGAAAUCUGACCUUUAGCUCUAAUAUCAUGUGGAAAUCUGAACUAUAGCUCUAAUAUCAUGUGGAAAUCUGACCUUUAGCUCUAAUAUCAUGUGGAAAUCUGACCUUUAGCUCUAAUAUCAUGUGGAAAUCUGACCGAUAGCUCUAAUAUCAUGUGGAAAUCUGACCGAUAGCUCUAAUGUCAUGUGGAAAUCUGAUUGAUAUUGUUAGAGGAAUUAUAGUUCUCUCUAUUUACAUGUAUCUUUAGAUACUGUUCAUAUAUGAAAUCCAUUAAGAAUGUGUUUUGUUGAAGACUUUAUCAUAUUUUAUUUUUUAUUAUAUUACUUUGGCUGUGAUGGGAAUAUGCUGUGUUGUAAUAUGAUGUGUUGUUAUUGUGACAAUAGUAAACAUAUUGGAUGAAGGGGAAGGGAGGAUUUCUGCUGUACUGAACAGAACAUACUGUGUAGGCCACGCUGCAGGGUUAGGCAGGCCAGAGCAUGCUAUGUAGGUCAUGCUGCAGGACAUAAGCAUUCUAUAACAUGUGAUGUAGCCCAUGCUCCAGAAUAAGGCAGGCCAGAGCAUGCUAUGUAAGUCAUGCUGCAGGGCAUAGGCAUUCUAUAACAUGUGAUGUAGCCCAUGCUCCAGAAUAAGGCAGGCCAGAGCAUGCUAUGUAGGUCAUGUUGCAGGGCAUAGGCAUUCUAUAACAUGUGAUGUAGCCCAUGCUCCAGAAUAAGGCAGGCCAGAGCAUGCUGUGUAGGCCAUGCUUCAGACAGUCUGACUAAAGCCAGCUCCUUCUAAUUCAGUCAGACUGUGCUUCAGAGUAAGGCAGGCCAGAGCAUGCUGCAAUACUUUGCCCUAGAACUUUGACAGGUCAGAAUGAACAAAGUCAGUUUUCAUUCCGUUUCUGUGUGCAUUAUUUGUUAAUUGUAAGUGUUAAUGCAAGUUGAUGGAUGUGUCUAUAAGUUAUUCUAAACUACAUGUAUCUGUAUUUUAAAAUUGUUAUCAUGUUUUCUAAAUAAACAUUAUAUUUUUAAAA